AAAAUAAAAGGAAAACAAAUAAAUAGGUAAAUGUAGUUUAAAAUACUCAACCUGGGUCAGGGAAUGGUAAGGCUGAUGCCUUAUCAAGGAUGGUGUCUUAACUUCUCCAGGAAGACAACUCUGAAUGUGCAUAGCUGCAGGGGCGGACUGACCAUUUGGAAACUCGGGCACUGCCCGAGGGCCCGGGGUCAGUAGGGGGCCCCAUGAGAUGCCCCUGGUACCUUUUUCAUAGGCUUUUUUGAGUUUGGGCAUGGACACAGAGGCCCCAUGAUCCCCUAUUGCCCGGGGGCCCCAUGAGUUGUCAGUCCACCCCUGCAUA